UUCCAGUGGUGGCCAUGUUUGUUAAUCUGAUGCUCGGGAAAUCGAAAAAGGGAGAAGAUAGAGCUCACAAGAGACGUCACAAGAGAAGAUAGCUUAUGUUUAUUGCCAUUUUUCAUUUUUUUUUAAUUCUUAUUAAACUAAGAAAAGCUCUUAAGAGCUCCGGAUAAUCAUGGUCUAAGAAGCUGACAUCUUCUGCUACCAAUUCCACCGCCAGAGAACGGAGACGCCGUCGCCGGCGUCUCGCCUCCGUCUAAAUCCGGCUCUUUCGGUGCGCAAGUCUCUCACUUUCGGGACGAUACAAAAACCCUUUACGAUUUUAUAUCAAAAUCCGAUGCAAAGUAUUGAACUUUGUGUAAUUUUGAUUCAUUGAUCACUUGUUUGAUCUUACUUAGCUUCUAACUCCUUUCCAGGGAUGAUCUGCAAAUGAUAUUACAAAUUUUGGUAUAUUACUCUUUCUUUUUAUGUAUGUACCUUUCUUACUCUUUGAGUUCCCAUAGACACUCUCUGUACUUUCAAAUGUGUCAUAUCUUGGAGCAAAGACCUUGUUUUGAGGAUACAGUGAAGAAUGUGUAGAUUCUUGUUUUAUAAGACUGCAUAUUUUUCUCUCUUUUUUUUGCUGGAAGUUGUCUCUCUGAUUGAUGGCCUUUGUUUCCAUGAGUACAAUGACAAUGAUCUGGUAUUGGCUGAUGCUUGCAUGUUAAAGAUUCAAAUCAGUUUCUUUGAUCAUUUGGUUACCCUCUAGUGUAGAGUGGGCAGAGUUUUGUUAAUAUAACUCCUGGUGAGGAUGUGGCCCAGAAAAUUAUAUUUUUUUCGCUGAGCAAAGCAAGCAUGAGUUAUGCGUUCUUUCGGCAUCUGGUGCCAUCUCUAGACUCUAGUGCAUCCUUGUCUAGCCUAGCAACAGGAACCAGUGUAUCUGAUCAGCUUGAGAGAAAGAAAGAUGGAAGAAGAAAUGGUGUGAAAGGAGAUGAUGCGUCGAGAACUGGAAACUUGUUACCUUCUCCUACUGGCGCAGAAUUUUUGCAUGGCUACCAUCCUGUUAUGGAACAUCCAAACGAAGAGCAUCAUACUAUGACUAGUGGCGGUGCAUUGGGUGGUGGAGCUCAUUUCAUGAGGCGACCACCUCAGGUAAUGCACAUGACACCUGCCCGGCCUUCUGAAUGGGGCUAUGAUUUGUCAGGAAUGAGAGGAAAUGGGUUAUCAGAAAAUGGUUGAUUAGUAAUGAUUCAAGUUUCUGAAGAAAGCUGUUAAUGAAAGUUUAAGCAUGAAUCAAGGUGAGAGUGGACUUAUCAUAUCA